UCACACUAGAACCCAAUCGAAACAUUGAAACCCUAUCUUGCUCAUGAGGCGGUUGUUGCUCUCCUCCUAGGAGCCGAAAGUCCUUGUCCACGACCUCGACAGUGGCGGCGGCGGCAGCGGCGGCUCUGGUGCCUCGGCCCCGCCGCAUUAGGAGAAGAAAACCAGAAUUGGCGCCCCCGUCUUGGGUCGAUCCCUCACCAGUUGAUUCCGCCACCAUGAAGCUCACUGUGAAGACGCUCAAAGGCACCAACCUUGAAAUUAAAGUGCAGCCCUCCGACACCAUAAUGGCUGUCAAGAAGAACAUUGAAGAUGUACAGGACAACUACCCAUGUGGGCAGCAGUUGCUGAUUCACAGUGGGAAGGUGUUGAAGGACGAGACCACAUUGGCUGACAACAAGGUCUCUGGAGAUGGCUUUCUCGUUGUGGAGAUCGAGAUCGUUGAGUUCCAGAUCCAAUCCGAAGGCUAUCGACGUGAUUGGCCCCGGUGGUGCCGCGGUGCACUACCGCGGUGCGGGGGAGUGGCCAUAGCGGCGGGGAACAGGGUGGGGGGCUCUGUACUGUUUUUGAAAUACGAAACCCAACCCGACUCGACCCGGACUGAACUGACUUGA